AUGGCAAACAGUCAAGCAAUGGACAUCGAUACCGACACAACCGAGCAGGAGAUUCUCCUCGCCGCCACCAAUCAUGACAUCGAUUCGCUACGCCGUCUCUUGCGUACGCCCAAAGGUUCCGCCAAUGUCGUCGACUCCGAUACUGGAAUGACUCCUCUUCACGCCGCAAUUGCUGCAUGCGAGCCCGACGACGAGACUGCCCAAGACAAGAAAGAGAUGGAUGUUGAUGAAGCCGCUACUCUCAACGACUCGGCUCUGGAGGAAGACGAGGCCCUCAAGACUGUCAAGCUCUUGCUUGAGAAUGGUGCCAUUUGGAACGACUUGAACGACAACAACGAGACCCCCGGAUGCCUGGCUUUGCGACUGGGCCUGAAGAAGUGCUACGAGGCCAUGGUUGAAGCUGGUGUUCGCGCCGAGCUUCUUCUCAGUCGUCUUGAUGGUUUCGAAAUGCUGGCACAGUACGAGGACGACAGCGAAGACGAAGAGGAGGAAGCCGAGGGUUUUGAGAUUGUCGAGAACGAGAAUGGUGACUCUCUGCAAGCUUCCAUGGUCGAGGUCGAAGAGAGUGCGCCUGAGCUUGUUGGUCCCGACGGCACUGUGCCUAACAGCGACAGCGUGCCCGAGCUUGUGCAGAUUGACGAGAAUGGGGAAGAGACGAAGGUUGAUGUCAACAGCGAAGAUUACCUUGCCUCGAACCUUACAUUCAAGGGUGACAGACUGCUGGACGCCGACAAGAACGGUGUCAUGAUGGCUUGGGAGACUGAUAUCAUGCAAAAGACCGUCGACCGCCUCUGCCCUGAGCCUGGACUUCGUGUUCUCAACGUUGGUCACGGCAUGGGCAUUAUCGAUGGUAUCUUCCAGGACAAGAAGGUUGCAGUCCACCACAUCAUCGAGGCUCACCCUGAUGUCCUUGCUCGCAUGCGCAAGGAUGGCUGGUACGAGAAGCCCGGCGUCAAAAUCCACGAAGGCAGAUGGCAAGAUGUUGUCCCCAAGCUCGUUGAGCAGAACGAAGUCUUUGACGGCAUCUACUUUGACACUUUUGCCGAAGAGUACAAGGCUCUGAAGGAGUUCUUCACCGAGUAUGUCAUUGGUCUGCUUGAUCCUGAGGGUCGUUUUGGCUUCUUCAACGGACUUGGUGCCGAUAGACAGGUGUGCUACGAUGUCUACACCAGAGUUGUCGAGAUGGAUCUCUUCGACGCUGGCAUGGAUACUGAGUUUGAGGACAUCCACAUCCCGGAUCUCGACGAGCAGGGUGAAUGGGAAGGUGUCCGUCGCCGCUACUGGGCACUGGACAAUUACCGCAUGCCCACCUGCAAGUUUGUUGGUUGA